AUGCACAAGGCGGCCAGCGCGGGCGACGCAGCGAAAGUGGAGGAGAUGCUGUUGCUCCAGAAACAUGGCGUGGAUGACAGAGACAAGAUGAACAGGACUGCUUUACAUUUGGCCUGUGCCAAUGGCCAUCCAGAGGUGGUGACUCUCCUAGUAGGCAGGAAAUGCCUGUUGAACCUCUGUGACAACGAAAACAGGACAGCCCUGGUGAAGGCUGUACAGUGCCAGCAAGAAGAAUGUGCAGCUAUUCUGCUAGACCAUGGUGCUGAUCCAGAUGUAAUGGACAUCGAUGGCAACACUGCUCUCCACUAUGCUGUCCUUGGUCAAAAUAUAGCUAUGGUGGAAAAGCUGAUUUCACGCAUGGUGAAUACUGAAGUGAGAAACAAGGAUGACCAAACACCGCUUUCACUUGCUAAAAGUAAAAACAAAGAAAAAAUGGUGGAACUGUUAAGUAGGAGUACAUAUAUGCAUGUGGUUGAUCAGAUGGACAGAUCUUCAAAUGAAAUAUCUCACGAAGAGUGCAAGGUCAAAGAGAAAAUGAACUCCGUGGAUGACCUUGAUUGCUUAACUCAGUCAUCUGAAGCAAUUUCAGAGCAUUGCCUGUCACCUUAUUCCAAUUAUGAGAAUUUCAUGUUGCUAAUUAAACAACUUUGUAAGGAUUGUAAAGAUUCAGAUAACUUAUAUAAAAUCCAGAAUGCAGUUCUUUCAUAUGAAAGAUCAAUAGAACUUGGGAAAAAUCAAUGUGAAUUACUUAUAGAAAAGGUGAAAACAAUGGAAAAUAGGAUUAAUGGACUAUACAAGAAGCUAUCAGAAGCAAGAGCAAUAAAAUCACAGUUAGAGCAUCAAAAAGUGGAAUUAGAAGGAAAACUAUGCAGUUUGAGAUUUACCUUAAAAGAAGAAAAAGAGAAAAGACAAAAAGCUGAUCAAUUAUAUGAAAAAUAUAGGGAACAGUUAAUAAAAAAAGAAGAGCAAUAUAUUAAAGAGACUGAAAUGAACAGAGAACUUGAAACCACUCUUAGAACACUAGAGAUGGAAUUGCAGAUCGUGAGGAAGAAUUUAAGUCAGGUUGUAGGUGAGCGAAACGACAUUCUGAGGCAACUUUCUCAAGAACAGAAUGCCAGAAAAUUACAAGAUGAAAAUCUGGCUGAACUCCUUUGCAAACAAAAAGAGUUAGAAAAAACUAAUAAGGAAUUGGAUUCUGAGAAUGAUGAUCUUAUAGCAAAACUGAAAACUACAUCUUCAAAAUGUAUAUGUCUGGAUGGAAAAAAUAAACUUCUUCAACAGGAGUUAUUAUCUAUGAAAGCAAUAGAAAAGAAAUGUGAAAAACUAGAGAACAAAAAACAGAAGUUGAAACAAGAAAUAGUAAAUCUCAAAAGACAUAUGGAAAUGAACAUGGUAGAACUCAGUGAAGUACUGUUGUAUAAACAGAAAAUUGAAGAAAGAGCAAGAAGGGAUGUAGAAGACAAAUUAGAACAAGUCAAUCAAAUUUUACAGAUACAAAUGGCAUCUAAAGAACUCUCAGAGCAGUUAAUAGAAUAUCGUAAUGCUUCAAUAAGAAGUGAUUUGGAACUCAGAAAUAAAGACCUGGAAUCACAACUCUCCAAAGUGCGAAUUGUUUUAAAUGAUAGCAGAAGCGAAUUGGAAAAAUAUGAGCAACUUUAUUUAGAAGAAUUGAAAUGCAGGAAGUCAUUGGAAAAUGAACUAAUUGAGACUCAGGAGAAGCUAACAGAGGUCAGAACUGAACUACUACUACAGAAAGGGGAGAACAGAUUUUUGAAUAGCACUCGUAAUAUGAUGUCAGUCCUGGAGACACCGUGUGCAGGAGAUAAUGGUGUGCCCAAUAGUUUUGUGCCCAAUAGAUAUUCUUCUCCAAGAGAAAACUUGGAGCUUCCAACCUCAAGGCCAUGCACUUCGACUUAUGUAGUUAAGAUGUGGCAGGAGUUUGAAGAAAUACUAACAAGAGAACUAAAAGAAGAUGCUGUUGAGUUUGAAUCGGAAUGCUAUAGAGCUAGUUCUCUAGGAGCAAUUGAUCAGUCAAAUUCAUGUCGAGACCUAUUUUUGAAAACAUCACGAAAAUAUACAGAGAUCUUGAAGAAAAAUUACACGAUCUGA